CUUGCCUCAUGGUGUGGUUUCCUGCCCAAGAACACAGACAGGAAAUUAGAGUGAAGCACAGCAUUGUUUCCAAAAGCAGCUGCUCAGUGACAGCAGAGCCACAACACUGUGUGCGCUCGUCUUGUUUACCUGUCUGCGUUUGGACAUCAACCGGAGACCACAAAUAAUUAGAGGAUGUGAUGCAGCAGCCUGUGUGAAGAUCAACCUACGCUCUCUGGCUUUCAUUUGACUUCAUUCACAAAACACAAAAAUUGGAAUCUGCCAUGAUGAACGUCACUGACUCAGGCUGCAACAUCCCUACAGCCGAGUUCCAGUACUACCUCUUUCCAGUGGUCUACAUCCUGGCUUUAGUUGUAGGUCUGCCUGGAAAUCUGGCUGCUUUCUUUGUCUUCACCUUCAAGAUCACCCCUCGCACAGCCUUCAGUGUUUACAUCAGUAACCUGGCUCUGGCAGACAUCAUCAUCCUCUGCACUCUACCCUUUCGAAUCCACUACCACCUCAACAGGAACAACUGGGUGUUUGGGGACGUUGCCUGUCGCAUCACAGGGAUUCUCUUCUUCGCCAACAUCUACUUGAGCAUCUGUUUCAUGACUUGUAUCUGUGUGGACCGCUACAUGGCCACAGUCCAUCCGCACACCUAUCUGAGGAUACGGUGGCCCUGGGUCUCUCUGGCUGUGAGCGCGGUGCUCUGGUGCGCCACCACAGUGGCAAUGCUCAUCUUUGUCCUCAUGGGACCUCUGGAAACGAAUGCAGACAAAUCUGGAAGCCACAGCUGCUUUGAGAACUUCGCCAAGCAUGAGUGGAACACACGUUUGGGGACGUACAGCCUGUUCAGCCUGAUCUUCUGCUCCCUGCUGCCGUCCCUGAUCAUCCUGGUGUGUUACCCACUGGCUGUGAGGCGCAUCUCCAUGAUCCGAACAACAACAGCCCAAAGGGCUGUGAGGGUCAUUUACACCAUCCUGGCGAUCACGCUGCUCUGCUUCCUGCCCAACCAUGUGGUCUACCUGCUGCACCUUCUGCAUCGCAUGGAAGUCAUCAAGAGCUGCACCUCCGCCAGCCACAUCUAUGUUGCCAGGCGGGUCACCAUGGCCCUCGUCACCCUCAACACAUGCCUGGACCCCGUGCUUUACUAUGUCACCACCCGCCACUGCGAGUGGAAGCAUUUAAACAUGAGGUGGCUGCGUAAACGGGUUCAGAAGAGAAGCGGUGUUUAUACCAUUGCAUUGAGUUGAGGAGAAAUAAAAGAACCUCAUGUAAAUAUAAAUGAUUCUUUGUUCGCGAUAUGACGGGAGUGGUGCAAAAAACUGACUUUCAUACAAAAGUGUUUAUUAAAUGUGUGUCAAAAUAA